UAAAUAAAUUUUUGUAAAUUUAUUAUUAUGCUCUUGGUGUUGAUAGAAAAGGGUUCAGGGUAUUUGCUAGUCGGAAACUCCCGACUAAAGUCUCACACUUGUUUUUAUCGACUCUUGUAGAUUAAAAUGGCACAGAAAUUCAAGUAUCGCGACAAAUUGAAAUGUUUACUGGCCAUGCUUAUGGCACUUAUGGUGCCGCAGUCCAUCGAUGCACAAACUCGGGAUCCGCGCUUUUAUUCACGUGUCGGUGUAGACUAUCAAUGGCCCAAUCCCGGCGAUCCGGACUACAGAACAUACACGUUCAACGAUCGACGCUACGGACACUAUCAACCGAAUGGCUAUGGCGCCAAUUAUCCGGGCAGGAAUCCGCCCGGCCAGUAUCCACAGGGUAUGCCCAACGAGGAUCGCUUUCGCUUCGAUCCGAACGAUCCCAAUGCUCGGACGCAGUUUCCGGGCGUCUUGGCCGGCUGGCGUGAGGAUUUGCAGGGCAAACAGCGACGCGAUUCGCUGACAUUGGAACGUGAUGUAUUCGUCACAACCAACUAUGGACAAGUGCAGGGCUUCAAGGUCUAUAUGUACGACAAUCCCGAUCCCAAAUCAUUCUACAGACCCUAUCACUCCACCGUGGACCGUGUAAUGGGCGAGUGUUCCGUAUUCCUGGGCAUUCCCUACGCCCUGCCGCCCACAUUUGAGGGACGCUUCAAGCCGCCGCGCCUGCACCGUGGCUGGCAGCUGCUCCAGGCCGUGGACUUCGGCCCAGCAUGUCCACAGCCGGUGCGCUACACAGGUGCCACCAAAGGUGUUAUGGACAUGGACGAAGAUUGCCUCUAUCUGAACGUAUAUUCGCCGAAGACUGGUGCUGGCGUCGCCCAAAAAUAUCCGGUUAUGGUUUAUAUACACGGCGGCGAGUUCGUGCACGGCGCUUCCAAUCUGUUUCCGGGCCAUGUGUUGGCUUCAUUUUAUGAUGUGGUCGUGGUGACCCUGAACUACCGCCUGGGCGCUUUGGGUUUUCUUUCCACGGGCGAUGAGAAUUCGCCGGGCAACUAUGGCAUCUUGGAUCAGUCAAUGGCACUGAAAUGGGUGUACGAUAACAUUGAGUUUUUUAAUGGGGACCGCGACUCGAUUACAUUGUUUGGACCUGGAGCUGGUGGCGCCUCCGCCGGGCUUUUGAUGGUGGCACCACAAACGCGGAACAUAGUGAAGCGCGUGAUUGCACAGUCGGGCUCGGCGUUGGCUGAUUGGGCACUCAUCCAGGAUAAGUACCGGGCGCAGAACACGAGCCGUGUGCUGGGCCAAGUGCUGGGCUGCUCAAUAGAUUCGUCCUGGAAGCUAGUCAACUGUCUGCGCACUGGACGCAGCUUCUACGAGCUGGGCAAUGCGGAGUUCCCGCCCCAGGUCGGCAGUUUCCCCUGGGGUCCGGUGCUGGAUCACAAUUUCACGCUGCCCGGCGACGACUGGUACGAGGGCUGGCGGGAGAAGGACUGGCGCUUUCUCACCCAAACACCCGAAACCUUGAUACGCAGUGGACGAUUCAAUCGCAACAUACAGUACAUGACGGGCGUAACCACACAGGAAGCGGCCUUCUUUGUGGCACAAAAUGAAUCUCUGGCGCCAUAUUUUGAGCUGGACAAUCGCUUCUUCGAGCAGAAGGUGCGCGAGCAUGUCUUCCGCUAUAACUACACCCUGAAUCCGAAUGGUGUCUACGAGGCCAUUAAGUACAUGUACACCUACUGGCCGGAUCCCAACAACAACACCAUCAUACGCGAUCAGUACAUCAACAUGCUGAGCGAUCUCUACUAUCGUGCGCCCGUUGACCAAAUGGUCAAGUUGCUGCUCGAGCAGAAGAUUCCCGUCUAUAUGUAUGUGCUGAACACCACUGUCGAGGCACUGAAUCUGCCGCAAUGGCGCAAAUACCCACAUGACACGGAGCACUACUUUCUGACCGGUGCCCCCUUCAUGGACACUGAGUUCUUUCCUAAGAAGGAACACCUGCAGCGCAACAUGUGGACGGACAACGAUCGCAAUAUGAGCCACUUUUUCAUGCAGACUUAUUCAAACUUUGCCAGAUACGGCAACCCAACGCCACAACAGGUGCUGGGUAUGCACUUUCAGCGCGCAUAUCAAGGGGAGAUUCGUUACCUGAACAUUAACACCACCUACAACUCCUCGAUCCUGCUCAAUUAUCGACAAACGGAGUGCGCAUUCUGGACACAGUAUUUGCCGACGGUUAUUGGAGUCUUGGUGCCGACCUAUCCGCCCACCACGGAGUAUUGGUGGGAACCGAAGGAGCCAUUGCAGAUUGCCUUCUGGAGCAUGUCGGUUGCCUGUUUCUUCCUGAUCGUCCUGGUCGUCAUCUGCUGCAUUAUGUGGCGCAAUGCCAAGCGACAAUCGGAUCGCUUCUAUGACGAAGAUGUCUUCAUUAAUGGUGAGGGCAUGGAGCCAGAGCCGGAUGCACGUGGCGUGGACAAUGCCCACAUGGUAACCAAUCAUCAUGCGCUGCGCUCGCGGGACAACAUAUACGAGUACAGAGAUUCGCCAUCGACCAAAACGCUGGCCAGCAAGGCUCAGACGGAUACCACCUCGUUGCGUUCGCCAAGCUCCCUGGCCAUGACCCAAAAGUCCGGCAGCCAGGCUUCACUUAAGUCGGGCAUUUCGCUCAAGGAGACGAAUGGCAGUCUGGUUAAGUCGGAGCGCGCAGCCACCCCGCGCUCCCAGACAAAUGGAACAUCGGUCAAAGCGGCACCCAUCGAGGAGAAGCGCCUGCUGCAGCCCCUCUCAAGCACGCCCGUGGCGCAGCUGCAGGCGGAACCAACGAAGCGGGUGGCAGCUACACCCAGCGUUGCCAGCAGCAGUCGGAGCACCACGCCCGUGCCCUCGGCGCGCACCACGACGACAACAGCCACGCUGACAGCACAGCCAGCGGUGCAGCCGCGUCGAACGCAGCUGGUCGAGGGCGUGCCCCAGACAUCUGUUUAAGUAACCGCUCUCUAAGCGCGGGAUGCGCUUAGAGAGAAUCCACAUAGCCCUUUCAAUGAACAAUCAACCAAAUCUGACAAAUUUCGACAUUAGGCUUUCUUUUAGUGGAGCACACCUGGAGAAUUAAUCGUAUCUUAGAUUGUAGCUUUUGUUUUAUUCCUAGUUUUAUAUUAUUUAUACUUUAUGACUACACAGAUCUAAAAGAUCUCUUGAGCCCGUAAGUGCAGCUAUAAUUAUUUGUGUUUGUAAUUUUAAAUUUGACAAUUGUGUUUUUUUUUUAUUAUUUUCCCAUAUUUUCUAAGUUCGAUAACCCAACGAAUACGAAUCCAUAUCAAUGACAUUCCGUAGAUUAGUUGUGGCCCUUUUGCCAGAGACCUCCCGUGAGGCGGGGCCUUGAAAUGUACAUACAUAUUUAUAUAUAUAUACGACAACAUUUAGACUAAGUUCAUAAUUGUAAGCUCUACAUUUUCCUAAUGCUGUCACCUGAGUAAGAGUCAAGGUAUGUAAUAGAUACUGGUGAACCAAUUUAAAUGAAUAAGCAUUAGUCUAGGGGCAGCUUUAGUAGACGCCAUCAAAAUAAAAUUAUUUAAUACAAAUUGUACAAUACUUACGCAUAAUAAAACUGAAUCGCCCAAAACGAA